AUGUCACCUGUUCAAAUCAUAGAUGGAUCUGAUCUCAAUGGCAUCUCCGGUCAGGACGUGGUAGUGGUUGGAGCAGGCCCUGCUGGACUCAUGCUUGCUGCCAAUUUGGUUCGCUUCGGCAUCAAGACAACUAUCCUUGACGACAGAGCGGAUAAAACCUCAACAGGACGAGCGGAUGGCUUACAGCCAAAGUCAAUCGAGACUCUGAAGCAGAUGCGUCUUGCCGACCCUCUACUACAGCGUGGUGUGCGGAUUCACGAUAUAUGUUUCUGGAGCUCCAGCAAGGAGAAGCCUCUGAAGAGGACAGAGCGAGCCGAGCAUUUUCCAGCUCUGGUAGAUCUUCUUGAUCCGUACAUUCUUCUGGUUCAUCAAGGCAUGGUCGAAGAUAUUUUCUUGCAGGACUUACAAGCUCGAGGUGUUGAAGUCACCCGUAGCUCUCCAUUCGUCAAAUAUAGAGAUCAUGGUUCAGUUGUACCUCUGGACGUUUACAGUCGCUCUAUUACAACCGAGAAGGAGAGGCUCUGGCAGACGAGAUAUCUGGUCGGGUGCGAUGGUGCGCAUUCGAAAGUGCGUAAAGCUAUACCGGAAAUUGAAGCACAAGGGUCAUCCUCCGAAGCUAUCUGGGGCGUGCUUGACGGCGUCAUCGAUACAGACUUUCCGGAUCUAUGGAGCAAAGUUGUCGUGUACUCUGAAGAGGCUGGCAACGUGUUGUGCAUUCCUCGCGAGCGAAACAUGACUAGGUUAUACAUCGAGCUCCGACCGGAAUCCGACGAGCCCAUGGACAAAGUAAAGGCCACACAGGAAUUUGUCAUGGAAAGGGCGAGACAGAUCAUGGCGCCUUACAAAUUGUCAUGGGAAAGUGUUGAGUGGUUCGGCAUCUACCAGAUCGGUCAGCGAGUAGCAAGUCGUUUCACCGACAACUCUGGGCGUGUAUUUAUUGCAGGAGACGCCAGCCACACCCACUCGCCGAAGGCAGCUCAGGGAAUGAACACAUCUAUACACGACUCCUUGAAUCUAGCCUGGAAGCUCAAUCUUGCUGUUCGUGGUCUUGCCAAGCAAUCACUCUUAGAGACCUACGAGCACGAACGCCGCAAAAUUGCGCAAGAUCUGAUCAACUUCGAUUAUGAACAUUCAAAUGCAUUCCAUGACGGAGAUGCAAAGGCUUUGGCACGCAAUUUCUUGACCAACGUCCGGUUCAUCUCUGGAGUCGGAGUCGAAUACGGGUCGAAUUUGUUGAACUGGACCUCCGAGACUACUGGCGGCGCGAAGCCAGGUUGUCUGCUGCCCCCAGCAAGGCUUACUCGUUACAUUGACGCCAAUCCAGUGGAUGCACAACUUGAUAUUCCAAUGCUGGGACAGUUCCGAACAUACUUUGUUUGCAAGGAUAUCCAAGCGUCGAAGAACUUCAUGGACUCCGUCUGUGCACGAAUUCUGUGUUCCGACUCAGUCUGCGGCCGAGCCACUGUAGAACUAGAAGUGUCGUACAAGGAUCAAGGCGCAGCGAUCACGGAGGCAGAUGCAUUCGUCCAACCUCAUCGAUAUGUUGCAGCUAGUCGUUUGUCGACUUUUUGUGUCAUCACUUCUUCACCCAAAGAAGAUUUCGAGAUAGCCGACCUUCCACCUGUGCUCCAGGCUAGCAAAUGGACUGUCUAUCUGGAUAAUGUGCCUUCGCAAGAUACUCGUGGCCAACACUGUAUUGAUAAAUGGAUUGGGACACUUGAGCACGACCAGGUUGCCCUGUUGAUCGUAAGGCCGGAUGGCUAUGUCGGCGCUGCGAAGUCCUGGUCCUAUGGUACAGAGGGCACUGCGCAAGCUUCGGUGUGGUUCAAUGAGUAUUUUAGUGGCUUUCUCGCAUGCUAA